AUCCCAUCCAGUGGGGAGUAGCAAUACUCUCAGCCGCUUCAUGCUAAUGAAACCGGAGUUAAGCGCCGGCCCCAUGGGCCACUUGGGCCUGUAUAAAAGACUUUGAAACAAUACAUCAAAUGUGGUCUCUACUCUGUAAGUAAGGCCAGCAACGAGCUCAAAAAGCGUUUCAUGUUUUAUGCUGUUGGUUUUCAAUGAUCAUUAACUUAUUUGUUAAUAGUAACUAUUAAUAUCACCGAUAAUUUAUUUUUAGGUACAAUGACAAUCAGCGAGCACAGGAUGCCAUGAAUGUUACUUUGUUUCACUGGGGUAUUCACGGCUGGAUCGUGUACGUCAUUGUCGGCCUACUACUUGCAUUUGUUGGGUUCAGGCAGGGUCUUCCCAUGACCGUGCGUUCUUGUUUCUAUCCCCUCAUCGGCAAAAAGAUCUUUGGCUGGAUGGGUGACGCAGUAGACAUACUUUCCGUGGUCUGCACCAUGUUCGGCGUCUGCACCAGCCUUGGACUGGGUGUUAUACAGAUGAAUACUGGCUUUAACCGUCUUUGGAACCAGAUUGAAGUCACAACCAGUAAUCAAAUCAUCAUUAUCUGGUGUGUCACUGCAUGUGCCACAGCCUCAGUGGUUAGCGGCCUGAAAGUUGGAAUUCGCCGCCUUAGCGAGAUCUGCUUCAUCCUGGGAAUGUUCCUUAUGCUUGUUACAUUCUUCUUUCAGGACACCUGGCAUAUACUCAACGUUUACGUUCAAAGUGUUGGCUACUACAUGCAGUGGAUCAUUCAGCUCGGCUUUCAUACAGAUGCGUUCGCACAACUAAAUAAUGCGCCGGAUGGCAAGUCCAACCCAGACUGGAUGGGAACUUGGACCAUUUUCUACUGGGGAUGGUGGAUCGCCUGGUCCCCUUUUGUGGGAAUGUUCAUCGCCAAGAUUUCAAGAGGAAGAACCAUUAGGCAGUUUAUCAACGCCACAAUGACGGCUCCAAUAAUUUAUUCGUUCCUCUGGUUUUGCAUUUUUGGCAGCGCGGGUUUGAAAAUGGAACGAGAUGCUGAAUCUCGCAACAUCACUAACGCCACUGGGAAGUUCGUUCGGCUUUCGUCUCGAAAAACAGAAGAAAUGUGGUUUGAUGUUAUGGACCAACACGGUGACCUGGGGAUGUUCCUAUCAAUAGUUUCACUUGUAAGCAUUGUCCUUUACUUCGUAACAAGCUCCGAUAGCGGUUCCCUGGUGAUCGACUGUCUCUCAGCAAAUGGCGAAGAAGAACCACCCGUCAUUCAGCGCGUUUUCUGGGCUUUAACAGAAGGUGCCUGUGCUACAGCCCUGCUAUACUCUGGUGGGACUAACGGGCUGAAAGCUCUACAAGCAGUGUCCAUAGCAUCUGGCGUCCCUUACACUAUUAUGCUAUGUUUCAUGUGCGUGGCUUUAUGGAGAGCAGUUAAAAUAGAAGCUGGAGACUUAGAUCCCCACGGCCCACACUUUUCAACUGGUCUCCUGGAUGUUCUGAUUGAACCCACCAUGUCAAGCGUCCAAAAGGUUUUAAUUGCAAUCGUGGCACCAUGGUAUUCCAUGGGGAAAGCUGCCUCUAAGAUCGCUAGUAGAGAAGACCGAAAAUAUGUUUAUAUGCUGGCCCUUGCUGUUCCCUUUUAUCUCUGGGUUAUUUGCAUGGCUCUUGAGCCAGCGGUAGAGGGAAUUUCUUACAUUGGAUGGACAAUCUUGAUUGGAUUCUUCGCUUAUGCCACAGCUAUCCGUUACUCCAUUCGAGAAAAGUACGCCAUCUAUGGUAACAUGACUGAAGACUUCUUUGCAGUAACGCUGACCUACUUCUUUGCGGCAUACCAGAUGGAGCGUCACAUGGACGACGUUGAACACUUUGACAUAGAAAGCACAAACCAGAGUGGAGGAGUCAGCCAAGACAUCAUGCUCUCCGAGGUUCAUAUCAACAGGAUGACCGAAGACGAUGACGUGACAAAACCAAAGAUAUCUGAUUCUAAAACAAAUGGCUUUGGCUCAAAUGGCCAUGUUAAUGGUGGUGCUGGUGAUAACCAUCACAUGCCCACAGAAAGCCAAGACAAAAGUUUUGAUGAGGCAUUUUGAAAAGAACAAGAGAACAAUCCGAACAGGAAAUCACUCAGAUGAAAUCAGUGCAGAACUGUUUCAGACCAAACCAACAGAACUCUACUACCUUUAUUAUCUUAAAUAUAUAUCAAAACGGAUUUCUUUCUACGUUGUAAAGAUCGCGUGCGCCAUUUUAAGUUUGUUAGAGGAUUAGCAUAAGCGGGAGUCAUUUCGGGCGAGACAUUCCGAUACAUAAAAUUUUUGAUGAAGCGUAAAGCAAGUGAAGAAGUUUACCUGUUUUUAGCUACGAGGAUACCACUUUCACAAGUGCCUUUAUUACCAAGGAAGCAAUGACUCGGUUUACACCACAAAUAUUAUUUUAUAAAAUAAUCUUCACAAAGCCUUCCUUGAACCUACCUGUUUUUUUUUGUUUGUUUUUUCUUGAAGGGAAACAGGUUUCAUGAGAACCCAGACUAUAACUAGAAUUGGGUCCAAUGCAAACAUACAAUUAGAUAAUUUACUGCACUUUUCAAAAACAUGCGAACUAUGAGGUUGUGAUCGUAUCACUAAAAAUGCGUUUAACCCCCUCCAGCCGCCUAAGGCCCACCUAAAAAGCAGUUGCUCCUACGGGUCAAGUUCCCGAGUUGUGAUAGGGAUAUUUUCAGAUCUAUUUUUCAUGGGUCUGCUCUAAAGGAGCUGUUACGUUAAUUAUCUGUGAUAUAUGGCAAUGCAACACGAAAUCUGAACCUCGGAGUUCGCAUGUUCUAUAAAGACUCUUUAUAUUAAGGUCAUAGAUAUAAUCAAUUAUUUAAUGAGGCUAAAUGCAAAUAUAAGUUUAUCAACGUUGCUAA